AUGGAGAGAUGGCAGAGAAGAAUGCGGGAAAUAGAAGAAGGAGCCCCGGGAUACAGGGUAUGCAAAGCGAUAGCUCCCUUUUUGCAGGACUGGAUAGAUAGGGAAAAGGGGGACAUAACGUAUAGGAUAACUCAGAUGGUGACGGGCUAUGGGUCCUUCAAGUAUUACUUAUAUCAAAUCGGAAAAGUACCUUCACCGGAAUUUCGGUAUUGUGGAGCGGAGGAGGAGACAGCGGAGCACGUACUUGGGGAGUGUGUAAGAUGGAGUGAACAAAGGGAAAUUCUGGCUGGGCGAUGGGAGGGGGAUCUUUCGCUGGCUGGUGUCUUGAGACGGGCGACGGAAUCGGAGGAUGGGUGGCGGAUGUUCGCGAACUUUUGCGAAACAGUGAUGAGUAUAAAGGAGCGGGAUGAGAGGGAGUGGCAGAGGGAGGAGCGAGCGCGGGAUGGAGCGGGAGUUGGAUGA